GGGCCAUGGUGACUGCAAAAGCCCGGUGUCCUCGAUCGAAAGCUGCACUGAGGACUCGAGGCUACUCCUCAACUACCAAGCCUGCCCUGACGUGCACGGGUCUGAGAGCACCGUGGAGGAACUGGAGUGCCUAGCAACGUGGAAGGAGGGCAGCCUGAGGUUCCUGGUGGGCAAACUGCACCACAACCACGCGACCAGCAACGAGGACCGCUACCGCUGCUUCGUCUACGAGAAGACAAAUGGUAUUGCAUCAGGAAGUGCAGCAAAAGAUGGCCCCAGCGCUCCUGGUGGCGUGGAGUACAGAGUGGCCCAGUCUGGUGACGCGACCUGCAACGGCCUGUUCAGCGCCACUGAAGGCUCCAGGACUAUGGCUUUGAAGCGAGUAUCAGUUCGCUUCAACUGCCAGUUCCCGUCCUGGAUGACGUUCUCGCACACCUGGCACACGCUAGACUUCAGCAGCAACUACACGUUCUACCAGCGGAAUGCAACGCUACGGAUCAGCAACCAGACUGGCGCUGAUAUCAAAGUCUACUGCGUGAAUGUGAAGGCCAGCUCGCCCAGUGGAAACUCGGUGGCUUUGGUCGCUCAUUGGCAGCACCACUGUAGCAACUACACGUUCUACCAACAGAACGCGACGUUACGGAUCAGCAACCAGACCGGUGCUGAUAUUAAAGUCUACUGCGUGAAUGUGAAAGCCAGCUCGCCCAGUGGAAACUCGGUGGCUCUGGUCGCGCACUGGCAGCACCACUGCCUCGUCACGUUCUACCAGCGGAACGCGACGCUACGGAUCAGCAACCAGACUGGCGCUGAUAUUAAAGUCUACUGUGUGAAUGUGAAGGCCAGCUCGCCCAGUGGAAACUCGGUGGCUUUGGUCACGCACUGGCAGCACCACUGCCUCGUCACGUUCUACCAGCGGAACGCGACGCUACGGAUCAGCAACCAGACUGGCGCUGAUAUUAAAGUCUACUGUGUGAAUGUGAAGGCCAGCUCGCCCAGUGGAAACUCUGUGGCUUUGGUCGCGCACUGGCAGCACCACUGCCUCGUCACGUUCUACCAGCGGAAUGCAACGCUACGGAUUAGCAACCAGACCGGUGCUGAUAUUAAAGUCUACUGUAUGAAUGUGAAGGCCAGCUCGCCCAGUGGAAACUCAGUGGCUUUGGUCGCGCAUUGGCAGCACCAUUGGUAA